CUCACGCGUUUGCUUCAAGCAUUGACCCGAGCAUAAAUCUUCCAGCUACCUGUUCCUGGCCCCUUCUUGAUUUCUUUCUAUCCCCUGCCUCUCCGUGUAGUGCUCAGAUUUGGCCAGCAUGAAGGCAUGAACAGAGCUGGCGCCUCAGGUGCAGGAUCCUGACGACCUGCGUCUCUGAAGGGGGAGAGGGGCUUCUUUUCUCAGUGCUUGAAUCUGCUAAACUUCUAGCUCUCCUUGAAGAUUUGUGAAAAAUGAAGCCGCCUUUGGAAAGGAACCCAUCCAGGAAGCGCCAUUCAUGGUGGUGGGAUAGUCACAUUAGCCCCAAGAACUCAAAAUGGCUUGCAGAAAACCUCGAAGAAAUGGAUAAGCAAGUGAAGGAAAUGGUGCAGCUUAUUGAGGAAGAUGGCGACUCCUUUGCAAAGAAAGCUCAAAUGUAUUAUCAGAGGCGCCCAGUGCUCGUCACCCAUGUUGAGAACUUCUACCGGAUGUACCGCGCUUUAGCUGAGCGCUACGACAAUGUUACCGGUGAACUGCGCAAGAACAUCCCUUCAAGGAUGCAGUCCCAAGGAUCGUUAUCCGGCUCUGAGUUCGGUUCAGAGCUGCAAAGGUCGCCCACACCAUCUCCUGAGCCACAGAAGUCCUGGACAAGGGAGCAGAGCCCUAGAGCCGCCGGUUUCGAUUUCUUUCUGAGUAACAAGAGCAAUGACUCACCAUCCUCAAGGAAGGAGCCUGAGUCAGCUUCACAGUCAGAAUCCGACAUGAAGUCUGAGGAUGGCGACGAUGAUGGCAUUGCCUACACAUUGCACCAGAGAGUUCUCGAGCUCGAGGACGAUCUCAACGCCGCGAACCGGAAGCUGCUUGAUGCAAACGAAAAGCUCGAGGUUUUCGAGGAGAAGAGCCUGAGGUGCCAUUGCGAUUAUAUGGAAAAUGGAAAUGGCUCCGAUCAUGCUCCCAAAAUUACAGACAUCAAUGGAGAGUUCGCGUCAACUAAGGAGAGGCUACAAUCUUCACAAGUGGAGAUCAACACUCUCGAAAGGAGGCUCGAGGACGCCGCAAUUUUAUCAGAAGAGCACUCUAGGCUGCUGGAACAAAACAAGGGACUGGAAGCUGAAAUCGUCAGUCUGAAGGAAGAAAUGGCUUCAGCGAGACGGCGUUUCGACGACAAACUAUCCGAGAGCGACGCCGAGAUCAGCAAGUACAGGCAAGAGCUUGCUGCUGCAUCUCAGAAGCUGCUGCAGGAGAAGUCCACCAACAGUGCAGAGGUGGGUAAGCUGCAAGAGACUAUCCGGAUCAGCAGUCGCGAGCUGGAAAAAGUUUCUGAAGAGAAAUCUCUGGUGGAGCAGCAGGUGAAGGAGCUGGAGGAGGCGAACGCCGAAGCCGAAAGGCAGAGGCAGGAGCUCGUCCAUGCCGCCGAAAUGCUGUCGGAGGACAAGUUCAGACACGAAGCUGAGAUCCUGACGAUGCAGCAGAGCAUCGAGGACCUGAAGCCGAAACUCGAGAGCAUCGCAAGAGAGAAAACGCUGCUGAAACUCUGGUUCGCGGAUCUGGAGCGUGUCGUGGAGCGAGGAAGGAGCGUCGUCAUUCCCCCGGAAUAACCCGGUUUCGUCGGGAAAAUUCAGUAGCUAGAAUUUAGUAAACUAGCAGUGCUAUCUCUUUAUUUUUUUGGCCUGAGAUACAACAUCAUGCAAAACUGAGAAAGCCUACCAUGGACAUCAGUGUUGCCUUUUCUUGGAUUAUUUGUUGCACUGUGAGGUGAUGGGUGGUGGUCAUGGUGUAUGAAACAUUUGCACUGAACGCAUUUCCUUUGGCAAUAAACUGUGUCCGAUGA